UUGGGUUAGGAGGGAGACAAUGACGUCUAAUUCAUCCUAGAAAUCAUAACAAUAUGUCAUGCUUGGCUUGGUAAAUGCGAUAAGCUAGGAAGGGUGUCCUCGCAGUAUGUGCGUGAUAGUGGUCGAGGGAGCAAGAGAGAGGAAGGGUGAGCGCUGUUAGGGUGGAGUGCCCUGGGGAGUCCUGGUGAGUACGGAAGUGGUGGGCGCCGGGCACCUGGGGAAGACCUGUAUGCGUGAGAACUUGCUGUCGACUUGGAGAGCAACAGCAGCACCAAGAACAGCAACAGUAGCAGUUCAGUCGGGGGGCAUCCACGCCUCCAAAAAUAAGCCACAACGAUUCCCGUCAGCUGUAUUUCCCGUGCACGUUGUUGUGCGAGGCGACCUGUUCCCUGUUACCGAGACGAAGAUCUCGGGCGUUGUGCAGGUCUCGACGUGUUAUGUUAUGCAGGAGGUCGCGGGGGAACAGUGGCCUGUGUUACGUGUGGUGUGCGGGGUCGUGCGCGUCCGUGUGCUCAAGGCCUGAGGUCGCAGUCACCGACUUAGACCGAGGAGAUCGCGGAAGGCCGUAGUAUUGAGGUGGUAACGAAAGGUGGUCUUUGUAGCAGAGGGAAGUGUGACACGCGGCGCACAUGCCAGAGAGCGGGGAGCUAUUUGAGUCUGAGGGAGUGUUGGCGGCGGCGGGGCACCCAGUGGCACUCUGGCUCUGUACCCGGGCACACCCUGGCUCUCUCCGGCACCCAAGACACCCUUGUCGUAGUUCUGUGGUCGCGUUUGCUGUCACGUACCGGCAUACACAGGGUUAUCAUGUCGGUGUGACCACGUUCAGGAGUGCGUGACCUCCCCGUGGGUAGCGGCAGUGACAGAAAUAGUGAGGCGGUGGGAUGGAGCGCCAAGACUCCUUCGUGAGUCUCACUGAUAGUGAACUGAGCUUCGCCAGCGUGUCCACGGAGGAUGGCGCCUCCAGCUUGGGACGGAGCCUAGCUAGCUCGCACUCGGAGCUCGACAGGACCCCAGGAGGUUCAGGGACCAAGUCACCGCAGAAGGAGCGUCUCCGGCGGUCGGGCCCCAAGCGCCAGGCGCCGCAGCCGCCCUCCAGGCCGUCCCCGAGCACCACUCCGGUGUCCUCUUCCCCUACCCCUCCCUCACAGCUGAUAACUGCCGCUCAAGUGCCCAUCAGUCCUGGCUACGAGGCUCGUGCCCCCACACCCCUUGCCUCCGUCACGCAGGCGGCCGUCAGUGCAGCAAAGGUCUCCGCAGCGCCCGUAACCACUGUGCACAUGCAGCUGUCGCCCAUGGCGCCGCCAGCGGGGCUUGCUUCCGCAGGGCCUCCCCCAGCGGUGCAGCAGACCCACCGCCUCACCAAGAUCGUCAGCCACCCAGUUAGCCCUCCCUCGAGCAGUGCAAGUGAAGGCCGACCGAUGUCCCCCUCUCUCCUGGGCACCGCGGCUCCCCUGGCUCCUCAGAGGUCGGGAUCCUCCCAUGCGGCCGCAAGGGACCUCGCCAACUUGAGGAUUCGUCUGAUCGACGAGGAGUCCGACUCGGAUGCGAAUCCUGUGGAGGCUGGGCUUAACCUGCGGAUCGCCGGCCCGGCGUCCGCUCAGCAGCUGGGCCCAGCACAGCGCCUCGUGAAGACCCAACCCUCUCGCCUAGAAUCUUCUUACGCCGCCCAACCAGCCCUGCAAGGCAUCCCACAAGGACCUCAAGGAUCCCAACUCUCACCCCAGGACCUCGCCUGCCAGAGCCAUGACGCCCAGUAUCUUCCGAGGGAAGCCGCGCAGUCAGAACAGCCCGCCCAACCGCUUCAUCCCCAGCCAGUCUGUUACCCAGGCGAGCAGGUCCUUCCAAGUGCCGAAAACUACGACUUCAGCGAGAGCUUCGACAGCUACGACGACUCCCCAACGCCGCCAUGCGUGAGUCCUGUGCCCGGCGAAAGGGAACCUUCGGGUGUGGUGUACCGUGGGCGUGCCCGGCGCCUCAUGCACUCCGCCUCCGACCCAGGGGUGACCCGACCGCACUUACGCCGCCCCCACGCCCACUCCCAGCAUCCACGGACGCCGGGCUUGUCCGUGCCUCCGCCCCUUGACCAGCUGAGCGAGGAAGAAGGUUGUCAGGAGGUUCUCGAGGACGAACUCCAGGAGGCCCUCGCUGGACAGGCUCGCCUCCAGAGGUCGGACUCCAUGGUGACGGUGGCGCACCUGUACGAGGACGUGCUGGUGUCGUCGCGGCUGCGCGUGAGGGUCACGCUCACCAACCUGACUGUGGUGGUGGUCGUGGCCGCCCUCGUGCUGCCCAACAGCGCCGCCAUUCUCUACGCCGCCUUCAGAUUAGUGUUUGGGACGCUGUUCCCAGCCUACUACUCGUACAAGGCCGUCAAGACGAAAAACGUCAAAGAAUACGUAAAAUGGAUGAUGUAUUGGAUCGUGUUUGCUUUCUUCACAUGCUUCGAGACUCUGACUGACCUUUUCCUUAGCUUCUGGUUCCCCUUCUAUUAUGAGCUGAAGAUCCUGGUGGUGCUGUGGCUGCUGAGCCCGGCGACCCGUGGGUCAUCCAUCUUGUACCGUAAGUUCGUGCACCCUUGGCUCACCCGCCGGGAGGAUGACAUUGAUAACUGCAUCGCACAGGCCAAGCAGCAGGGCUACUCCACCGUCAUACAGCUCGGGACCAAGGGCGUCAACUACGCCACCACAGUCUUGAUGCAGACCGCUAUUAAGGCAAGUCACGGAAACCAGGGUGGAGGCGGCAUUGUGAACCAGCUGAGGCGUAGUUACAGCUCUGGAGAAUUCCCUGAUGGAGACAUGAACCGCAACGUCAAGGCUUUACCCCACAUUCCGGACGAUGAUUACGAUGACCACAUGCACUCCUCAGGUUCUUAUGAGUCUGAACCCCGUACUCGUGCAGAGAGUGACGCAGCUUACAGGCCCCGUGGAUCUUCAGCCAGUCGCGGAGUGCGUUCCACCAAGACCAGAUCCGCAGAUGUGACAGACUACUACCAGGAUGUUGCUGAGGAAGAUGUGCAGCGCAGACGUUCCCCUCGCACCCAAGAUUCAGCUAGAUCUCAGCCUACGCUACACUUCCAAGAACCUCCAGCAAAAGGUCAGCAGCAGCGAAAAAGAGGCAAGUCUGAGAAUCGUCCAAGACCAAAGUCAAUGAUCAAUGCAGCUGAGGUAACCCGUGGUGCCGAGUGGGCACGAGCUCAGCGUGGCGGCUCGACCCUCUCCCUGGCAAGUGAAGUUGAGUUGUCUGAGUCGUCCUCGCAUUCUUCUAUAGCCUCCCUUGCCUCUGGCGCUCAAGGACAACAUUCGGUUCGGCCCAAGACUAGAACUGGCUCUGUACGCAGACCAAGGGUCAAUUCCCAAGGUAGAAAGACAAGUGGAUCCGUCUCGAGGUCAACCACGCGUGCCGAACCCCCCACUGUGAAGAGGGCGGCAACCCUAGAGGCUGGAUCCGAGUCUGAGUAGAUAAAGGGACGCAUAGCCUGACCGACACAUAAUGGUCACAUUUGUUAAUGUCAUUUGAAUCAUUACAUGUUAUAUAGCAUUAUGGUCUGUGAUGUAGAGAAUUACGUGGAGAUUAAAGCAUGUCUGUGCAAUAUUCAUAGUAUUUGCCAGAUUGUGCAAGUGAUAAACUGAAAAGGAGUUCAUUUUCCUUUUUUUUCCCCUCUUUUAUUUUAAUUCCUGUUUCAUAGGAAGGCAAGGAUAAUAAGCUUUAUAAAUACUUUCAAAGUACAUCUUCCUAUGAGAGCAGGAACAUACAGAUCUGGUCUUAUGUAUGGCAUAGCUGGAUCCCAUUAGUCUAAUCUAUGUGAUCUUUCUUUUUUACUAAACUCAAGUAACAGCUAAUCCCCCAAAAUAAUGAAUACAUAGAGAGGGAAUGCAGAAGGAAGAUUACUAGAUAUUCUAUGGUUUAAGUUUAUCUUUCUCGCUUCUUAUGAAAUGGCUAAACCAUUUGAUUUAAUGAGCAUUUCCCCCUCAAAAGAGAGAGCACUGCACUUGUAUCAUGGUUUUCUAGGGUCAUGGGAUCACUCUCAGAUCCUUGUCUCUUGACUUUAGUGUGCAUUAUGUGAGAAUAUCAUUGUCUGCACAAAGCUAUGAAGAUUGCACUUGUCUUUAUUAAAAGGAUAACUUGUAUAAAGACUUCAGUACUGUGUAUGUGCUAGCUAUGAAACUUUCUGCAGUUUUAAUUUUUCCCCUCCAUUUUUUGUAUUAAAAAUUUUCAUAUAUGAUUUCUAGCUUAUGUUGAAGACAUAACCACUAAAUUUUAGACUCCACACACAUUGUUCUUUCUUUUAUUUAAUAAUUAUGCUUUUCUGUGCUAGCAUGUGUCUCAGCUUAAUGUGACUGUCCCAAUACUGUGGGUCACACAUUUACUUUACUGGUUAUAUUAAUUUUAUGACCAAUUUUUUUACAUCUGUAAUUUUAAGCACAUUCAUUUAUUUCAUUUACACUAACUGCACAUUGGAACUACAUUAUUGCUUUGCAUUAUUUAUGAACAUUUUUGCAUAUCAGAUAGAAAGACUGUUAAUGAUAUAGGUGCAUUUGUAUAUAUGAUGUUGUUAUGAGCACCAUCAGAAAAUAAAAAUACUGACUGUAUAUUAUGUAGAAUUACUUCAGUGAUUAUUAGAUAUCUUCAGGCAUGUAAAGAUGAUCUGACUGAUAGUUAUUACUUCAGGCGGUGAUAAUGAAUAUAUAAAGGUAGAUAGAGUCGUUUUUAGGACCAAUAUCAUGAACGCUUGGCGAUAUGACUGAUAUGCAUGGUGGCAGAGACAAAGAUUGCCACAUCAAACACCUGGGCAUGUCACCCUUGGUUUUAUCAGUGUAGUAAUAUAGGUGUCCUAAUACCCUGCUCACGUAGGCUUGGCAGAUCAAAUUCUGGAAGCUUUUCUUGGUUCAGUCUGAUCUCUUCCUAGUUUUAAAAAAGUAAGAGAAAAAAGAAUAAUAUUUUGUAUGUACAGGCACAGCAGAAGGCAAUGAGAGGAAGUCGUAGGAGUGGCGCUGAACCAAGGAAAACUCCUUUGCUUCAAAUAGAGAUUGUCCUCUACCUCGAAUGAGCAGCAUUCUUGUUUUCUAUUUAGCUUGAAGGAUGUUUAGGAUGUAAUUUGUACGCAGAACUUCACUCACAACCAUUGUAUUACCCAUCGCCAGAAGCUCAAAAGAAAGGAUUUUAAAAUGUGUAAUGGUAAAUGAUGAAAAUGAGGCUGAUGUUCUUUCCUUUAGGUACUGUUCAGGAGUCUACAAGACUCUGAGGGGAAAAAAAUUAUCAGAGGAACUCAUGAAUAAUCCAUCAUAUUAAGGAAAAUUAAAACCUUGUGAGCUUUAACGGUUUAUGUGCCAUCGCUAGCAUUUUAUGUCUCAAAAGGAGAGAUAUUGUUUCAUUCUCUUAAGUAUUAUCAAAAUACUCCUAAGUUUUUGCCCAAAGGAACAUGUUCAUAACCAUUUUGUAAUGUGAUAUUGAUAUUCCUUUUUUUUUUUUCAUCAAUAAAAUUUCCACUUUCAUUAUAGGUGUAAAGGAAAACAUUGUACCCUUAUUUUGUGUUAUGUCUGUAUGACUGUUUUACCGUAAAUAAAGGAUGAAAGAAUUCA